AUGGGGUCAGUAGCCGAAGCUGAAAAGGUCGACGUGGUGGUUGUCGGUGCCGGAUGGAAUGGGCUCAUAGCAGCCAAGACAUACUUGGACUUCAAGCCCUCAGCCAACUUGGUAAUUAUUGAUGACCAGAGUACAAUUGGAGGUGUAUGGAGUGCGGAAAAGAUAUAUCCGACUCUGUAUGCCCAGAUCAAUUACGGUUUGUUCGAAUACUCGUUUUACCCGAUGAAACGUGAAGGUAUCACGGCAGAUGGUUACGUAUCCGGGGAAACGAUUCAUCAAUACUUGUCCGAUUUCGCGCAGGACUUUGACCUCGUUCGAAGAACACGCCUCAAAACAACGGUUAUGACCGUUUCUCAGCUUGAUGACAAAACAUGGCACCUAGAGCUUCGCAGCAAGCCUCCCGUCGAAUGCAAACACCUGAUCUAUGCCUCUGGUGCUACCUCGCAUCCUGUUAUGCCCAAAUGGCCAACAGACAACAGCUUUAGCUCUCCCAUAAUUCACUCUGCAGAUGUUGGAACACACCUCAAUGGAUUGGAUAAGAUCCAAACUGUGACUGUUCUGGGAGGCGCUAAGUCUGCGUACGAUACGGUUUUUCUCUUACUGAAGGCCGGGAAAAAGGUAAACUGGGUCAUCAGAGAGGAGGGCUCUGGGCCAUUGGCUAUCAUGCCUCCCACAAUCUUUGGCUUGAUUAACACAAUGGAUGUCACAACAAUGGGUAUCACCCGCUUAAUGGGAGCAAGCAUUAUGAGUACUGAUGGGUAUGGCCAUCAGCUCUUCCAGAGAACUGUAUUCGGCCGCUUUUUGGCCUGGAUAUUCUGGUUGGCUAUCAAUUGGGUCGCUGAAGUUCACGCUGGGUAUUCCAAGUCCAGCAAUGCGAACAAGCUCAGACCUCAUCCAUUUGGGAAUGGCAUAUUUUGGGCUCACGCUGGAGUUGGCGCUGCUAGCGUACCCAAUUUCUGGAAAACCUUCCACGCUGGAGAUAUCACCGUCCAUCGCACCAAUAUUGCUUCUUUUCGCGAUAAUGACAUGGUUCACCUGGACAAUGGCACAUCAUUCCAGUCAGACUACAUCAUUUUGUGUACCGGAUUUGACAAGUCAUACCAUGUCUUCAGUGAGGAAAUGCAGCAGAGAUGUGGCUUGGCUUCCACCACAAAUCGAAAAGUUGAGAUACGCUGGACCAAACUAGAAAGCGAAGCUCUUAAGACAGUGGAAGAGCUGCUUCCACAGUUGCGCAAUCCCCCGGCGGCUCUACAAAAGCCUCGUAUUCUUGCUAAAGAGGCGGGUGGGCGAAAGCUCAUACAUGGCCCAAGUCGCCACUAUCGCCGGUUGAUUGUCCCCGAGCUUGCAGCGUCAGGAGACAGAUCAAUUUGUUUCCCCGGAUUUAUUCACACCAUCUAUACGCCCCUUGUUGCCGAGACACAAGCCCUCUGGAGCGUCGCUUUCUUGCUCGGCCUACUCGAUCUCCCGUCACAGGAAAAUAUGGAGGCAGAGGUCGCUGAAUGGAACGUUUGGACCGGCAAGCGUUACAUCGCUCAGGGAAAGAAAAACGCUUAUGCUAUCUAUGACUUCCUUCCUUAUAUCGACCUCCUGCUUGGCGACCUCGGGAUUAAGAGAAAUCGCAAGACAGGUUGGUUUGCAGGUCUCUUCCAAGCGACUCACCCACGGGAAUAUAAAGGUUUGAUUGAAGAAUUUCGCCAAUUUUCGCAUGUCAAAGGCAAAUAG